AUGGGAUGCACACAAUCUGUCACAUACGCUAAAGAUACAUAUGACAGGGAUCCGAACAGCAGCCUACGUGCUAAACGUGUUAAACGUUUUAAAAACCCACAACCAGACUUGACGGAACAUGAGAUACAAAUCAUAAAAUCGACUUGGCAUUAUAUGACACACGAUCUGGCUGGAAAUGGUCUUCAAAUUUUUCUGAAGAUAUUUGAGUUGUGCCCUGAUACAAAAUCCAUAUUUCAUGUGGAAAAUGUUCGUCACUCGGAAUUGGCAAAACAUAAAGUAAUCAGAGCACAUGGUGUACGCUUUAUGAAUGCCAUUAGUGCUGCUAUCUAUUGCUUGCGAGAAAACAUAGAAGAAAAAGACAAGAUCGACGCCUUUCUUAUAAACCUCGGACAAAAACACAAGCAAGCGUCUGAAUUUAAAGCGGAAUAUUUUGAAAUAUUCCACGAAGCCCUCAUGUGGCGAUGGCGGAUUUGCAUUGGAAAAGGGUUUACACAAGAGGUUUCAGACACUUGGAACCGUGUGUUUGUCUACAUGUUAGAAAAAAUUAAUCAGGGAUAUCAUUUACAGUAA